GAACAGGGAGAGCACCGGAUCCAUGAACUGCAGCGACACCACGAACGGGAGUGCGACUUGCUGCAAAGUGAGGUCCAAAGACUACAGAAGUUGAUGUCUGAGAAAAACGCGGAAUAUGCAUCUUUUAAGGCUACUUUAAAGCACUAAGUAAGACAACCGGUUAGUUUUCACCUCGACUAAAUUAGGUUUAUCCCGAGCAACAAUACUUUAGUGGACUAUGCUUGGUGGAGUCCUAUGCUUAGUGGAGUCCUAUGCUUAGUGGAGUCCUAUGCUUGGUGGAGUCCUAUGCUUAGUGGAGUCCCGUGUGGACUAUUCAAGGGGAAACCAAAGCGAAAGAGGGCAAGGCACUCAACCAGAGAUAGUGAAUAUUGGCGCUAACUCUUGCGCGGAAAAACUCUCCAGUGAAAUGACCAGGUUGCAAGCGGAUACAGGUGCCAAACUUGACCACGAAAAAGCGGAAAACGCGCGUCUAACGGAACUACUGAACGAGCGUGAAAAGAGCCUUGCUGUAGUGGAGAAAGACCGAGAGAAAAUCAGGUCUGAGCUGGAAACAAGACUAGCGAGUGUGGAAGAUGUGAAGAAUGCUAAUGAUCGGGAGCAAAAAAGUGCCCUCCUAGUAGCGCAAACGAAAUGGGAAAAGGAACGGUACGAAUUGCGCAGAGUCUACGAGAAAAAAAUUGAAGUUAAGGCUAGUACUACUCCUCAAGCAUGCUUAGCACCAUAUUAUCCUUGAUCUAAGAUAGUAACCGUGCUGUUCUUAAGAUCUAAGAUAUAACCACGGUGAUCUGAGACAGUGCUGUUCUUAAGCUAAGUAACCGAAAAGGAGGAAAAUCAACACGAGCCUGGAUCAAGUUUUAGCGGCAUUAUCCUUGGACGUGCUUCUUUUUCCACUUGACGUAUAGAAGAAGCCUUCUUUUUCUGAUUACUUGACCUAUAGGAGAGGACUUCUAUUUCUACUUGAACUACAACUACAGAAGCACCCAAGGAUAUGUCGCUCAAGGAAGAUGCGAGGAUGAAUCUAAUCACUCAUUGCAGAAGAAAGUAAGACAGCUUCGAGAAGAAAGUACUGAAGUGCGAAAGGUGAUCGUUGGAGCAGCUGCAGAUUUGUAUAACAGCUACGCAUCGACGUCAAGUACGUCGGCUCCCUCUUCUAGCAGCACGACCGAGGUGAUCGAAGGAAGGGGGCCUCCGGUCGUUCUCGAAGGAAGACCGCCUUUACCAACCUCAACAUCAACGGGUGGACCUCCAACUGGCACUCUUCAACCAGUGGACCUCCAACUGUUAACAACGGGUGGACCUCCUCCUCCGACGUUCGACAAUCAGGGUCCUUACGGUGGACUCCCUGUUCCGACGAACAGUCAUGGUCCCUAUGGACUCCCUGUUCCGACGAACAGUCAUGGUCCUCAAGGUGGACUCCCUGUUCCGACGAACAGCCAUGGCCUUGUUCCUCAAAAGCAACUUGCUCCUCAACAGCAGCAUCCACAUGUACAUGAUCAGUGCGAGUACUACGAAAUACACUCUUCCGCCGGAGCUGGUGGUCUACUGUCGUCGCAAACAAGCAAGACGUCUACUCAAAUGAGCAAGGCAUGCACCGAUCCUUUGUCUGUUUCAGCUGCUGCUGUUCAGCCGAGGUGGACGUCGAGUGCAUCUUCAUCGUCUUCUGGUGCCAGACGGGCAGUGGAUCAACGACACCUUCAAAGCAACAACAAUUUUUAUAGACGACAACAAGUAUUAAGGCUCAACUUUCAUUGGUCAUAGAGGUUGGUCACUGAAAUCGAAGAGGGUCACUGAAAAUGAAGGGAAAAGGGAGAGCCUUGGAGGAUGUCUCUUCCGUUCAGAGUCAGCGACCAAUGAAUGCUGAGCUUUAAAAGUAGCAGGAGUACACGGACAACCACUUCUACACGACCCGCUUUUCAGUAACAGUGCUAUCGCAGGAAUACAAAUGAAGAAUCCGAUGCCCUCAUCGUCAACAACUGCGUCCUCUUCGCCUCGUGGCGGAUAUUCUGCCAGUGCGGGCGGCAACAUUAGUGUCAUAUUAAGGCUACCAUCAAGUCAGCAGAUUCUGUUAGACAUAUCGACACUACUUGUCAUUGUCUGAGCACCUCGUAAUCGUGUUCCUGUCCUCUACCUGUGAAACACAAAAUGAACUUAGACUUUACAGUUAUUGUAGCUAAGAAACUCAAAAUUUUGUUUGACUGGAGGAAAGAAGACCAGUGAGGAUUAUGUUACUUCUACACUACUUGAUAAUAAGCAACUCCUGUGGUUUAAUAUUGUAGCUAAGAAACUCAAAAUUUUGUUUGACUCGAGGAUACGCAGUCACCCCUCCCUGAGGAAUGCUAAUGCAUCCGCAAAAAUGGAAAGAGCGAGUGACGAAUCUACCUGGAGGAAAGAAGACCAGUGAGGAUUACAGACGGGAAUUUGAGCAGAAUAUUAAGGCUACCGCUUGAGCAUCCCGAUCCCCUUCCUCAGCAGCAUCCUUGCCUCUUUUUCUACUUGAAAAAGAAGACAAGGAAAAGGAUACUCUCAGGGGUGCGAAGGCGGUAGCUCUAAGAAUAAUGCUGAAUUCGAAAAGAGAGUACAGCGGAUUACCGAAGGAUUGGUUCAGAACGUUUGCAAUUAGAAUUAAGGCUCAACUUUCAAUAGUCACCAUUGAGAUUGGAGUGACUGAGAUCGAAGAGGUGGCCACCAUUGCGAUUGGAGUCACUGAGAUCGAAGAGGCGAUCUUCCCUUGAGAGAAACAAAGGGGGAAAACAGGAGAGGGAGAACAAGUAGAGGGGUAAUAAAGGGUCCUUUUCUUUCAGCAUCAGUGACCAAAGGGGAGAGCUUUGAAGGGGGUUUCUUCCGUUCAGAGUCAGUGGCCAUUGAAUGCUGAGCUUUGCUAGAAAGUGAAUGUUAUUGGAAUUAGAAAGAGAAUGUUAUAGGAAUUACGUAAUACAAUGCUCAGAUUGGAAUUAGAAAAAAAGAUUACGGAAAGUCACUCGGCGUAGAGUUACAAGCGGCAUUUGAAUGAGAGUUACAAGAUGAAUACUUCGAAGAUCAUGAUUUGGCGCGCACCCCUAGAUGAUUACUCUGUACAGUCGUAGUUUGACGGAUAUUUUUGCUUUUCGUGGCAGGCUUGAAGAAAUUUUUUUUGGAGAAGGUUUUGUAAAUAAGGCCUGCGUGGUGCUUGCUGAAGAUGUGGAGAAACUAACCGCGGUUAGAGAAUUUUGAUGAAUCCUUUUGUAUGAAGAUAAGUAGUUUUUUUGUGCUGAGCUACAACAUAAAAACGAGGUUCUUCGAAAGUUGAUGACAAUGUUGUCUGACUUACAAUGAUUUUGAUUGUGUGAAGAGUCUUGCCGGUAGCUUAGGAAGACUACAUGAGACGCAACGAUGAUUAUUAUCGAG